AUGUUGGCGUAUAACAAGUCGGCACAAAAACUUCUUUUCACUCCAAUUGCUCAAGGAAGAUUUAAAAUUUUCAUAGAGAAAAUUUUUCACAAGCGUCACAACUUUCAUGAUAUCACAAAAGAAAGUCAUCCAAAUUCAUCACUUGUAUCAACAAUGCAUAUUAAUGCUGAUUUCUUCAGUAAGAUGAAAUAUGUUGGGCUAAAAAUAGAACUUUCGUUGCAUGUAAACAAUCACCACCACACUGAGCAUACCACGUACUUUAUUAGUGAUUGUGUUGAGGAUUUACUAACAUUCACUCAUUUUCCACCUUCUCAUAUGAAUGAAAGGGAAUCGGGAAAAUGCUUUUGGUAUGAAUGUGUUGAAACUCACACACAAAGCUUGGAACACAUGCGAGCACGGGUAGUUCCAAAGCACUCAGUCAAGAAGACAAAUAAUAAGAGCGCAAUUUCGUCAUCAAAGCUUCAACUCACAGGCUUACAUUUAAAAAGAAAUAAUAAAAAAAGACAAGAACAGAUUGUUUAA